UCAGCUUUGGGGCCCCAGAAACUGGUUGGUCCGCCCCUGCUAGUCAGAAAACAUCCAUCCUCCUCUUCAUCAGCUGCUGCUUCAUCCUCCAGCUGCUCUGUGGAGCACACAGACGGACAGACAGCACACACAGGUGGACUGACAGACAGACAGACUGACAGACAGAGCGAGCAAACAGCCAUGAUGUCUGCUGCCUUCACGGAACUCCUCCUCCUCUUCCUCCUCCUCCUCCUCCUCCUCUUCCUCCGCGCUCCAGCACGUCUCCUUCAGCCGAACUGAAUCACGGAAAAACACCAAAAUGAGUCGUUUGUUCCCGCUCUGCUGUGAACCGCUCCUCUCAGGUGCAGCAGUAUAGCUAUGGUGUAUGCCCAGUCAUCAAACACAGUUGGUGUCAAUCCCUCCCUUUACUCUCCAUCUUUCACGUAUCAGAUGUCAUUUAACUACUCUGAGAGGGAGAACUCAACUGUCCUGGCAACCUUACCCACAACCCCCCUCUGCAGCCUCGAGGGCUCGUCCUCCGGCCAGCGGAACAAGACCUCCGCCUCCUAUGAGCUCACCUCAGGCGAGGUCGCCGUCCUGGGCUUGGUGUUUGGGGUUCUCUGGUUGGUCUCCAUCUUGGGAAAUGCCCUCGUCUGCCUGGUCAUCCACCGGAGCCGACGGACUCAGUCCACCACCAACUACUUUGUGGUGUCUAUGGCCUGUGCGGACCUGCUCAUGAGCCUGGGUUGGGCCCCUUUUAUCUUCCUGCAGGUCGCCUCGGGACGAUGGCCACUGAGUGCCGCAGCCUGCAAGGCUGUGCGCUACCUGCAGCACCUCUGCCCAGGUGUGCAGGUCUACGUCUUGCUUUCCAUCUCCGUAGACCGCUUCUACACAAUCGUCUACCCGCUCAGCUUCAAGGUGUCGAGAGAGAAGGCAAAGAAGAUGAUCCUGGCCUCGUGGUUGUUUGAUGCAGCCUUCGUGUCACCCUGCCUCUUCUUCUACGGCUCCACAGACAGCAGUCAUUGUGACUUUUUCCUCCCAGACAGCUGGGGCAGUAUAGCCUAUGCCGCCGUUCACCUCCUGUUUGGUUUUUUGGUCCCGGUGGCACUAGUCGUGUCAUUCUACCAGCGGGUGGUCCGCUACAUUUGGAGGAUCAGCGCUGAUGGCCACACAGUGCGCCGGACAAUGAAUAUCGUCCCACGGACUAAAGUCAAGACCAUCAAGAUGUUCCUCAUGCUCAAUUCAGUCUUUUUCCUCACCUGGACGCCCUUCUACAUCGCCCAGCUGUGGCACCCGAGGGAGUCUGAUGGACCCAGUAGGCAGGGGUUGCUGUUCUUCACAGCCAUCGCCUGGAUUUCCUUCAGCUCCACAGCAUCCAAGCCCACCCUGUACUCUGUCUACAAUGCAAACUUCAGAAGGGGCAUGAGGGAGACCUUCUGCAUGUCGUCCAUGAAAUGCUACCGCAGCAAUGCGUACACCAUCACAGCAAGCUCUCGGAUGGCUAAAAAGAACUACAUUGGGGUGGUAGAAAUCCCUGUGCAGGCAAAGACAGUCGCCAAGGACUCAGUUUACGAUACGUUUGACCGAGAGGCAAAGGAAAAGAAGGUAGCCUGGACCACUAACGCCAACCCUCCGAAUACUUUUGUCUGAGCGGGUUUGGAUUGUCUUAAAACUGGGAACAUACAAAAAUAAACUCGGCUGAAAUUUUAUUCUUCAACAGCACAACAUCAGUGUUGGCAAGUAAAGCUAGCUGGUGGACUAAGAUGCUAGCUCUGUAUUCAACUGAGACAAAAGCUCACAGAAACAGAAUGUGUUUGUAUAAAGGGCUUUUUUUCUCUGAUGUAACACACCUUCUGGCAGCCAUAUCGGAGGUUCUGUGAACAGCUAGCCGUUUUUAUAUGUCAGAUUUUAAUCAUAAUUAGUUCUGUGCUGUGUUUUGAUGAAUUGUUUUACCACUGGUACGUUGUGUUUUAGAUAAUGUCAGCUUGUUAGCUAGCUAACCAUAAUCUGUGGCCAUCUAUCAGUGACCUGUUGUAAAUGCAUCUGAUUUGCUGCAGUAAUGUAUGUGGUAGAACCUAACGUUAAUCAACGUAUGUUAUCAUUGACAUCAUCUGCUUUGCUACAUUAAGGGUAAUGGUGAGUUGGCUAGCUAACAAAGCCCGAAAUCUACAGCUUGUUCAGGUUAAGGCCCAAUCUCAACACACCACUUGCCCCUACCACUUAGCCCUUACCCCUCCGUUUUGCGCGCUCACUUUUAGAGGUAGGGUGUCCCGAUUCUUGUAGGGAUAGAGGCGUAGGGCGAAAUGUUAGGGCUAAAUGGCCCUACAAAUGGAGAUUUUUAAGAGGGACACUCCAUACAGAGUGUUAUGAUAAAUCAUUGACAAGAUGGCUGCUUAAGCAACGAAAGAAACCCACAAAUAUAUUUUCUUUGUUAAGAAAGAUUUCAAAAUUACGUUAACCUCCGUAUUACCUUAGUUUAAUGUUGUUUCAAGGUAUUGUGGUCCUUUUCUUUAUAACAUGCAUAACAAAAGAAAUCACUAGUAUGUCAAUGUCUCGGUAGGAGCAUGGGUUGUUAGCAUUAGCCAGCAGAGCACCACUACUGCGCUACUGGCAGUGACAACCUGACAACCAUAAAAAGAUGCCUGUUGGCCGUGCAAGAAAAAUCACCACUGCAGAGGAGGGAAUAUUUGUAAUAUCUGGCAACACCAGUUGUGUCGGUUUACAUAAACACUGGCAUACUGAUAAGGUAUCAGGGUCUUGAAUGUUUGUUGUGCAGGAGAAAUCACGACCGCAGAAGAAGGUAUAUAUGUGAUGUCCGGCAACACUCGUGUCGUUUUAUCUAAACACUAGCAUACCAGUGAGGUAUCAGGGUCUUGAAUGGUUGUCCCACUUUAUAGAACCUAGGACCCUUUGUAACUGUGAUACGAGGUGCAAGGUGGCACUCGAAAACGAGGGGUAGGGGGCAGAAAUAUGAAAUGGGAUUGGGCCUAACUCAAAGCAGAACUCACAGUGUUGUGUAAUAAAAAGUAAUGGAGACUACAGAGCUGCAAAGUGGGAGAAGGUGCAGGAGUUUUCAAGUGCUUCCACGUCUUUGGUGGAAAUAAAACUCUCUCAACAACAGAUGUAAAAUUGUGUCAGAAAAUAUUUGGUUCUUUGAUAAAACAUCAAGGGUACAAGCCUUGCCAGUGUUAAUCACGACUUCUAAGAUUCAAUUCGGCAAUAAACAUUCAAUCAUAAAGCUUCAAAUUCUGAUAGUGACAACUGAAGUUUAUUUUCAGUUUAUUCAAUUCACUUUUCAAAAUUCUGGAUCAGGUUUGGAUUAAUUUGGCAAUUCCAUGUAGAGAUAAAAAUCUUUCAGGCAACCCUGGAAUAUAACUUUUUUGUCCAACGUUUUUAUAACCAAUGGCUACAUCUUAAAAUUUGUACCUAGUACAACAUGGCAACUACAGUACGUAAGAGCAGGAAAACAUUGUUUUUAUGGGAAAUAAAUUAUAGUUAAAGUAUGGUUAGAGUAUGGAUGCAGUUCCUCGGGUUAUGGCCUGGAAGCGAAGGUAAAAAUUCUUCCCACUUUGCAACUCAAUAGACAGCAGAAGUCUUGCUCCACUUUCAAACUAAUACUCGACAUUUCGACUGUCUUUACUGAUGUUUUGUUUCAUUUCAUGAAAAGCUGAAUACCAGCUGUUUCUGAAAAAAUCUUUUUCUUGACAUAUCACAUUAGACAUAGCAAAUUUAGCUGAUGCAUUAUGCUUCAUCUUAAUGUUUUGUCGUAGCACUAGAGGAACUUCUUGACUGUGGUCGCCUAGAAGUUGUUUCUUAAUUCAUUCUUGACCUUGGAAAAAGGAGUCGACAAACAGUUUCGCCUUAUUUAUUUAGUUUUUAUGGUAAGUUUUUGUUGCUUUUGAGUCUAUACUAUUAUACUCAUUUGUAGAGAGCCUCAAAGUUGUGAAUGAUAUUUUUAAUCUUGUGUGCACAAUAAAAAUCAAACGUUGCGACUUUGGGGGCUCAGCACAAGUAGAGUAUCAGAUAACUUUGCAAAAACAGAUUGUGAAACAAGCUGGUCGAUAAAAAGCCACUCAGAAAGUGUAGUGGGACUUCGACUCUUUGCAGAUGACAGACGACUGUCCAAGUAAAAUCAGCAUGGUCAAAUUAUUAACUCUGGCAUGUCACUACACCACAACAAGCCUUCUCUUUUUCUAUUUUUUUCAGACAUAGUUGCUUUUAGACUAUGACACAAAGCCUCGACAUAUAUUCUACACCGGACCAGCUGAAUCUCAAACACAUGUAGAUGUUAAUAUUAGUUCAAAGGAUUUCUCAGGUAGUGCAGUCUGCAGUCAGUAUCCUACCCUUAAGGUGCGGAUACACCAAACCGACAUCAAAGAACUAGCGGCGACGAAAACCAACUGUUGCGUCGUCUACGUCGCCUCACGUUGCCCUGUGUCAGUUGCAUUUGAACACACAACACGGACUACAUCCGACGGCCAAGUGGCACGUACGUUCUGCGCCUGCGUGAGAGAGAGCGGAGGGAGAGAGUGGUACAUCCUGUCAGCCGAGGGGUUUCCUAUCUGUGCAGCUGAGCACUGCAGCACCUCCACGGGCUAUUACAUCCAUGGACGUCGGAACUAUUUUCUGAGAGGGGGGGCGGGAUUUUUGUUGGGAGGGGUGGGGGAAGCACGCACACUGAUCAAUGAUUAAGGACUAGAAUGGAUGAAGACGGCAUCUUUAUUGUUAAGAAAAUGAAACUUUGAUAACUAAAUCAAGCCAUUUAAGGAACAUAACAUUAUUUGUAACCUUGAAUGAAAAAAAGAAAAGUCUGCGCUCCUGACUCAGGGCUUUCAUGCAUUUCCAAAAGGGGACCUUCUCUCAGUUGACCUACUGAUGAAGAUUUUAAGCAGGAUCGAGACAUCGCUUUCAUCCAUAAGGUCACUGUGAGCGUUCAUAAUGGCCAAAUGUGUUAGUCUCUCCUGCAUCAUGGUGUUGCGCAGCCAGGUUUUCAGCCUGCGCAAGGCUGAGAAAGAGCGCUCGGAUGCCGCGACAGACAUGGGCAGGGCCAGACAGAGCUUAACGAGCUUCUCCACCUCGGACAGCAUGGAGCGGGUUUGGGUUUGGGGCUGUAAGGUUUGCAGGAUGGACACAACAUCCUGGAUGCCAAGGCUACUGUAUGUAGUCAGGCAGGUUGCAUAUCACAUCAAAAGCAUAGAUCUAUGCAUUAAUGAUAUGAAAGAGAUAAAUUAAGUCAGACAAUUUGAGUUUAUAUUCAGAUUCUUUGUUUUUUUAAAGCACAAUGCAGUGGGUAGGCAGGCUGGGGUGCAGGGGUUCCGACGUCUAUGAUUACAUCCAGACGGUCCCGGUGUUUCCUCCGCAGGCUCCACUUCACUCAGCUGCCCGAUAAACCUGCUGCUUCUUCCCACUUUAACCUGAAUAACAAACCAGGGCUCGGUGCUCCGGUUGGAUCCAAACGGAGAGCCGGGGCUAGCUGGGAGGCUAGUGGAGGCUAACUGGCUGUGCUUCCCUCCGGUCAUGCUGCGGCUAACGCUCUGCUAGCCGCUCCCAGCUAGCUCCGGUUUGUUAUUCAGGUUAAAGUGGGAAGAAGCAGCGGGUCUGUGGGGCAGCUGAGUGAAGUGGAGCCUGAGGAGGAAGCACCGGUUAGCCCCGGUUUCACUACAGGCAGAUUCACUCACUACAGGGGCGAGGAAAUAAAACCUGAACAGCCAAUCAGAGUGAUCUCUCUCACCGACAAGCUCUGCCGCCGAUUCAACAUGCUCAAUCGGCCAAAAAGCCGCCGACGCCAAAGUGCCGAUGGUGCGGGACACACCGCAAAAACUAGGCCGACAGAUGCUCACUGAUGGCUGUCGGCUUGGUGUGUCAGGGCCUUUAUUUUACAAAUAGUGACAUACAAUAACACUUAGGAGGGAAUUCAUUUGUAAUAUUUGUCACACAUAAAGCUGUAUUCACUUGUACAUUGAUUUCUUCUAAUUUCCAACUAAACUAGGGGUGAAACCAGUAAAGACUCUGGUGCUGCUGGUUCAGUGUCUUUUCAGAGCUCAAAUAACUUUAUGUCUGGAGAACUGUACACCCUGUAUUAUAAUCAAAAUUUAAAAAUACAAAUAAGUUAAUCCAUAAAUACUCACCUAGCAUUUACGAUACUCCGAAACUCUACCAGGAAGUUGUUCUUCUUUUCCAUGUGCUGUUAGAUUCAGCACCAAAUUAAAAAUCUUGAAAUGCUGCAGUUUCAAAAUCCUUCGUCAUGUUUGAGAUCAAACAGCUCAGGCUGACAAAGCAUGCUAACAUGCUAAUAUUACAGUCUGAAUGUGGGACAACUGUAAACAUGUUUGCAUAAAACUCUUUUAAACCCAUUAAUCUGUUACGCCAACUGGUCCUCCUGAAUUGUAUUUCUUUGUCUCACCAGUACCUUAAACUGGACAUGCUUGAAUUUCUCGAAGACGGUCCAUCUCUCAUGCAAGAGGCCUCUUCAGUCUUCAGAUCGGAGAACUGGAAAAGCCUCUUGGAUGAGAGAUGGACCGUCUUACAAUACAAAACUUUCUGGUCCAUCCAACAGAUUUAUUUUUUCUGAUAAGUAAUAAACACAGCAGGCAUUUAAUCAAGUUAAAUUAUUUUUUAACACAGCGAAGGACGUACAGGUAACCAGACGUUAGGUUGACGACAUCUGCUGCAGCACCAGAGUCUGAUCCACUUGUCCGAAGACGAGUCUCACCUGUCCGUUUCACCUGCUUGUAAAAAACACUGCGUGAUCAAUUGUCUUUCUGUAAACUGUCGACUAUACUGUGAUUUGAAGGUCCAUGCUUUAUACUCAGUUACAACAUGAGAUGCAUAUACGUUUCCAACACAUGAUGUUCCAGUUGCUCUGUACAAAUAAAUUAUUCUUUUAUCAUUUUAAAUAUACUUAGUAAAA